AAACUUUCCUCUUAGUGUCCAGCCUCUAGCUCCAGUUGUCUCUUGGCCUCUCUCGAUUUUGGCUCUGGUCUUAACAAGUCCCCUCUUUCUGCUCUCCUUGAACACUCUUCGGGUACAACAUGCAGAACAACAAUGAUAAUGAGAACUGCCAUGAUAAACCAGCUAAUCAGCUUUCCAUUAAUGAUAGUACAGUGUCACCUGAUCAGAAUGGCAUGUCGUCACCUCUUGCUGAUGCUUCACCAAAAGUAACUGAAUUGCAGUCUAGAAAAGAUGAUAUAUGUGGACAGGUGGAACUAGACAUUUCAGAGGAAUUGAGCAGGCAGCUGGAACACAUUAUUCAGACCUAUGCAUCUUCAGAUUCUGUGAGUGUAGAGAACCAGACUGCUGGUUUGCCAAUCAAAGAAGAACAAUCUACUGAUGAUGGAGAUACAGAAGAUACAAAUACAGAGGAAUCAAAGGAAGCCGUUUCUUCAUCUGAGGUCUCAUCAGCCAAAGAAUGUACUUCCAGUCAAGACCAAAAAAUGGAGAAGAAAAUGUUGAAAAGCUUAGGUAAAGAGGCUGCUCUCCUGCUCCAAAGCUUAAACAAAUUGAACACCCCCGAGGAGAAGAUGGCAGCUUUGACAAAGAAGUAUGCAGAACUGCUUGAAGAGCAUCGUACAGAGCAAAAGCAUAUGAAACAGAUGCAAAAACGUCAAAUCCAACUUAUAAAAGAGAAAGACCUACUACAAAGUGAGCAUAACAAAGCCAUCCUUGCUCGAAGCAAACUCGAGAGCCUGUGUCGGGAGCUGCAGAGACACAACAAAACACUCAAGGAGGAGACCAUUCAAAGAGUUCGCGAAGAUGAAGAAAAACGGAAAGAAAUCACUAACCAUUUCCAGAUAACACUGGCAGAAAUCCAGAGUCAGAUCGAGCAGCAGAGUGAGAGAAACACUGUGCUGUGCCAGGAAAAUGCUGAGUUGGCAGAGAAACUCAAGAGCAUUGUUGGCCAAUAUGAAGUCAGAGAAGAGCAUUUGGAUCAGAUAUUUAAACAACGGGAGCUCCAGCAGAAGUUGGUGGAUGCCAGGCUAGAGCAUGCCGAAGAACUGAUGAAAGAAGCUGGGGAAAAACAUAAGCGGGAGAAGGAAUUUUUGCUUACCCAGGCUGCAGAAUGGAAGUUACAGACCAACAUGUUAAAAGAUCAGGAAACUGUACUAAAAACACAGAUUGCUCUAUACUCUGAGAGAUUUGAUGAGUUCCAGAGCUCAUUGACGAAAAGCAAUGAGGUUUUUACAUCUUUCAAAAAGGAAAUGGAGAAGAUGACAAAGAAGAUUAAGAAACUAGAAAAAGACACAAACACCUGGAAAACGAGAUUCGAAAAUUGUAAUAAAGCUCUGCUGGACAUGAUUGAAGAGAAAGCCAUGAGGGCCAAAGAAUAUGAAUGCUUUCUAGUGAAAAUUGAGCGGCUGGAGAAGCUUUGCAGAGCACUACAGGAGGAAAGAAUUGAACUAUACAAACGAAUUAAAGAUGCCAAGACACAAGAUGAGGAGGAGGAGGAGGAAGAAACAGCAGAUGAGGUCCCAGAUUCUGCUACGGCUCCUGCUGAUGAAAGGUCUGUGACAGAGCCUUCUGUAAUAGAUGAAAGAAUCAUCAGAGAUCUGGAAACAGCUUUUAAGGUGACCCACACUCUUGAAGAGCCAGCAGAAGAAAGAGGUUCACCAUGUCUACACCCAGAUGCCAGCGAAUUGGCCGGUGAAAAUCCCUCAAAGUCAUUACAAGAUGCAGCCUGCUCAGAAUCCAAACCUUCAAAAACAGAAUCCCAGCACACACCGCCAACUAAUGAUAUGGAAGAUGUAGACUAAGCGCUCCGUUAAACAUUAGGUCAGGAUUGUCAGUGAUUUGUGUUCGAUUUUAGAAAUUUUACAUAGCAGGGCCCUAUUGGAGGGAUUGUCUGAGGGGUUAAAAAAGGAUCAGGUUUUUUUUUCAAGAACAAGGCCACACAUGUCCGUGGGCUGUGUCUGGUAUUACAGCUCUGUUCUGUUCACUUUAAUUGGGGUGAGCUGCAAUGCCCGGCACAGCCUAUGGUCAUGAGGGGCACUGUUUCUGGGGGAAUUUUUUAUUUUUUUUAUGGCCGCUUUCAAACGAGCGUAUUGAAAUUCGUCAAUAUUCUGGCUCAGGGUCCUGAUGAUAUACUAUUAGUAUUGUCGUCAGGAUUUCAUCAGGAUUUACAUGCGUAUUUCUUCCUUCCUUCAUUAUUUAUGCACUGCACAGACUGCAAUGUGCCUAUUUGGAAACAAAUCCUGCACAAAACUCAGGACAUGCUGGAGAUUUCAAAUAAUGACGGAAAUUAAUCGCCCAUGUGAAUAGAUCCAUUCAUUACCAUUAGCAGCGGAUUCCGGUACUUUAAAUCCGGACAAUGUACACAUUGCAAAAACGUUCAUCUGAAAGUGGCCUAUCUCAGAUAAUCCCUUUAAAAAAGUGACAUGGAUCAAUCUUACGAUAAAUAGAUACAUAAGCAUAAAUUCACCAUUUACACAACACUGGAUAAUUAUAUGAAGCUGCGAAUUGGGAACGCACUAGGAUCCAGUACAGCUUCCAUCCCUUACUGGUUCUGGUAUUGAGAAGGGAACAAGAGCGUAAAGCUGUAAGUGGUCAGGCUAUCAGUGCCAGUGGUGCCCCUUUUAGUAGUGGCAAGCCUGCCUAACCCUCGGGAUGCCCAUGUAUCUCCCAGCACAUAUUCUGUGCUUUAAGGUUCUGCUUCAUAUCAAGAAAACAGUUUAGGAUUUUUUCACAUGAUGUUGGCAGUAUACGUUUACUGGUUGUUUAACUGACCCCGUCCUCAUUCACCUGAUGGAGGCCACGCUGGUCUCCGUACUGCUGGUAUACACAGUUGCUUUUUCUGGAUGGAAUAGCGCAGAAGACGCAUACUAGUCUAUGGGUGAUGUAUGACACUGUUGGGCGUCUAUCACGGCCUCCGUUUAAUGGAUACGUUGGGAGCUUUUCCUGGCGGCUAUAUUUAACAGAGGCUAAUAAUGCAAUGAGGAAAUACCCUUACCUAUUGAUGGAAUGGAAUUAAAGUGCCAGUGAGCUCUAAGGCCUCUUUCACACAAGCAUGACAGAUUGGCUACGGAUGCGUUCGGGAUGCGUUCAGUGAAACUUGGACCAUUUUGCAAGUGUUGCAUUCAGUUUUGUCUGC